CCUUUAUAUACAGAGGCUUUUUGUUCAAAAUUAAAUAAAUAUACAGAAAGCUAAUCAAAUAGAUAAUUUAUAUAUAAAUUAGUUUGUUAUGCUUUUUAUUAGUUACUUGUUUUAGUACCAAUUUAUUUCAUAGUAUUUUUAAUUAUUCAAUGAUGUUAUUCAGUUGUAUCAUUAUCAUAUUUUUUGCCCGUUCUUUUUUUAUGCUUUUCAAAAACAUGUUGCAUCAGGAAAAGUGCCAUGGAGUGUAACAUCAAUUAUUACAAUUAAUCUGCCAAAGUCCCCCAUUAGAAAGGGAGGGGAUGGAUCAAUCAUCUGAUUGGUUGAACUCAAUGUGUGAGGAAUAACAUUUUUAAUUUUGGCCGCCCCAUCUGCUGUUGAAUAAAUAAACACCCUCGGCCACAAUUUCGUGAAUAUGGUAAACAGAUGCCGCAUCGGCAAUAUACUGUAAAAAUAAUUAGAAUAUAUUUGUACAAAUAAAAUCCUCCCGCCUAAUACAUCCCAUACACCGAAUAGACACUAGCCAAUAUAUGAGAAAAUGCCGUAAAUAUGAUUAAUUAAUUGUUGGAAUCAAAUCAAAUGGAGGAUAUUGGUAAUAGGUUUCAUGCAACCACACAAUGUGACACUUUGACUACGAAUUUUGGAUUUUAAGGAUGAGCUUUGUACGUAACGCAAUGUAUGUAGCAAGUUUAAUAAUUCCCAGCUCCUAUACUCUUUAUGGGUAAUGACCCUUUUGCGGCCAGUGUAUCAUAGUUUUGCCUUAAUCAUGAAAACAGAUGAUUAUAUAUGCCACAAAAUGAUGUAUACUAUUUUGUUGUACGAUUUUGCCAAUGAAGUUUUCCCUUGUAUACACAGCAUAACCCUGGAAAUGCUGUAUAAUACCUCCUCUGCUUAUGAUACUUCUAAGUGUAACACAUUGAGUUUUAGCAGGACCUAUAUACAGUAGUACUAUUGUGCUUAUUCUUGGGAUAUUUCUAUAUAUGUAUUUUUACAGGCUUUGUAUAGAAGAGCACUUAACAGCUUAAGUGGCAGGCAUGUGCCACUUUGUUCCAAAUCUAUCUACAUAGCACAUUUGGUGUAAAAAAAUGAAUAAAUAAAAAAAGGCACAUGAGAUGUUGAGCAAGUGAGCAAUAUGCAGCGCUAUGACCAUUGUGUGUCCACGGCUUGAGUUGUAUUUGCAGUUUUUUGCAGGAAGAAAAAAGUGUAUUCUUUCCUGCUUACCUCUUGUUAAUAAAUAUCUUCUUUCUCAGGGGGAGACGUGUUGUGUGUUUCUCACAGUGAGGCUGGAGGGAUGUCAAAGGUCGUCAUAAGGGAGGGAGAGAGGGAGGAUGCGGGGAAAAGAAGGCUGGUCAUGGGAUUCUAGCAGAGCUCCUUUGAGGCUGUAAAAGGAGAGCAUGGCGCUCAUACUGCUGACGUUAUUUGUCGCUUUUGUUUAUACACAACAGUUAACUUUACUAGGAGAGGAGUAUCAGUUCAAACGAUGGAUGUCACAUUACAACAAAGUCUACAACAGCAAAGAAUACUUCCAUCGCCUCCGCAUCUUCAUAGAGAACAAGAAGAUGGUGGAUGUCCAUAAUGCUGAGAGUCACACCUAUACAAUGGGCCUAAAUCAGUUCUCUGACAUGACAUUCGAAGAGUUCAAGAAUUUCUUCCUCCUGCAGGAACCUCAGAACUGCUCAGCCACCAAGGGGAACCAUGUCAGCAGGAGCGGCCCUUAUCCCAAAGUUGUGGACUGGAGGGCCAAAGGCAACUUUGUGACCCCUGUAAAGAAUCAGGGUCACUGUGGGAGUUGUUGGACCUUCUCCACCACAGGCUGUUUGGAGUCAGUGAACGCCAUCGCCACCGGAAAGCUUAUAUCUUUGUCUGAGCAGCAGCUUAUUGAUUGUGCACAAAACUUCAACAACCAAGGAUGCAUGGGUGGACUUCCCAGCCAGGCCUUUGAGUACAUCAAAUACAACAACGGCCUCAUGACAGAGGAGGACUACCCCUAUAAAGGCUAUGAUGACACAUGCCACUUCCACCCGCCGCUUGCCGCCGCUUUCGUCCACGAAGUUGUCAACAUUUCGAGUUAUGACGAAGACGCCAUGUUGGAUGCCGUAGCCAGGCUCAACCCGGUGACUUUUGGCUUUGAGGUGACGGCCGACUUCAUGCACUACAAAGAUGGCGUUUACACUAGAACACAGCCGACAAGGUGAAUCACGCCGUUCUGGCCGUGGGUUAUGGCGUUGACGACAACAACACAACGCCAUAUUGGAUUGUGAAGAACUCAUGGGGCGUCGCCUGGGGAGUGGAUGGGUAAAUAUAGUCAGUUAUGGUGUUAAUUAUAAUUAUCAUUAGUUGAUUCUGUACUCAAGAAUCAUAGACGGUUGUUUUGUCUCUUAUUUCCUCAGGUAUUUCAUGAUUGAGCGAGAAAAAAACAUGUGUGGACUGGCUGCUUGCGCUUCCUACCCCAUUCCUGGGGUUUGAAAAGUUACUAUAUGUAAGACCCGCUGUACUGUGAUGCAAAUUAUGUGUAAAGUAUGGAAAUAAGCAAGUGUGAAUUGUGCUACAAAGACAACCAAAAAGUCACAAGGUCUUGGAUACGCAUUGUGCUGCAAUGGAUUUAUGUGCUUAAAAGCUCAUGUUACACUGUUGUUUUGUUGUGUUGCUGAGCCAACAGGUCAGCUGCCAUGUCAAUUUGUCACUUUGUAUGGAAGUUUCCAGUUUUAAAACAAACAAAUAUCAAUGCAGGAUACUUUUCUGCAUUUAUGGGUUCACACAAGUGGGAAUUUACUUUGAUACAUAACAAUGAAUGCUGCAUGUGUACUACUACAGAAAUAAAGUUUCUGAAAGGCUUUGCAUACUAUUACUACUAAUGUUGUUGCAUUUAGCAAAUGUAUAAAUAUUUCAAUAAUGCUAAUAUUGUCCAAAUAUAUAAAAUAAUAGUAAAACAUCUAACAUAAAUAUACAAACCCCGUUUCCAUAUGAGUUGGGAAAUUGUGUUAGAUCCAUCUAAGAUGGACUGAUACAAAGUGGAAAAGUGUUCUGUGGUCUGACGAGUCCACAUUUCAAAUUGUUUUUGGAAACUGUGGACGUUGUGUCCUCCGGACCAAAGACGGAAAGAACCAUCCGGAUUGUUAUAGGCGCAAAGUUGAAAAGCCAGCAUCUGUGAUGGUAUGGGGGUGUAUUAGUGCCCAAGACAUGGGUAGCUUACACAUCUGUGAAGGCGCCAUUAAUGCUGAAAGGUACAUACAGGUUUUGGAGCAACAUAUGUUGCCAUCCAAGCAACGUUACCAUGGACGCCCCUGCUUAUUUCAGCAAGACAAUGCCAAGCCACGUGUUACAUCAACGUGGCUUCAUAGUAAAAGAGUGCGGGUACUAGACUGGCCAGUCCAGACCUGUCUCCCAUUGAAAAUGUGUGGCGCAUUAUGAAGCCUAAAAUACCAGAACAGAGACCCCUGGACUGUUGAACAACUUAAGCUGUACAUCAAGCAAGAAUGGGAAAGAAUUCCACCUGAGAAGCUUAAAAAAUGUGUCUCCUCAGUUCCCAAACAUUUACUGAGUGUUGUUAAAAAGAAAUGCCAUGUAACACAGUGGUGAACAAGCCCUUUCCCAACUACUUUGGCACGUGUUGCAGCCAUGAAAUUCUAAUUUUUUUUAUUAUUUGCAAAAAAAAAAAAAAAGUUUAUGAGUUUGAACAUUAAAUAUCUUGUCUUUGUAGUGCAUUCAAUUGAAUAUUGGUUGAAAGGGAUUUGCAAAUCAUUGUAUUCCGUGUAUAUUUACAUCUAACACAAUUUCCCAACUCAUAUGGAAACAGGGUUUGUAAUUGGCUGUGUUGCAUAUGUGCCGCACAGUACUAUUUAUGUAGCGUACAUUACACUUCUCAACGAUUGAUUGAUUGAUUGAUUGACUGAUUGAGACUUUUAUUCGUAGAUUGCACAGUACAGUGCAUAUUCCGUACAAUUGACCACUAAAAGGUAACACCCGAAUAAGUUUUCAACCUGUUUAAGUCGGGGUCCAUGUUAAUCAAUUCAUGAUAUAAAUAUAUACUAUCAGCAUAAUACAGUCAUCACACAAGUUAAUCAUCAUCA